AUGGAGAACGCUGUGGGAUCCGGAUCUGCCACCAACGGGGAGGUGGCUCCGCCGCGGAAGGUCGCAUUGAUAACCGGAAUCACGGGACAGGACGGUUCCUACCUCACGGAAUUCCUGCUCAACAAGGGCUACGAGGUGCACGGCCUCAUCCGUCGCUCCUCCAACUUCAACACGCAGCGCAUCGACCACAUCUACGUCGAUCCCCACAACGCGCACAAGGCGCGCAUGAAGCUCCACUACGCCGAUCUCUCCGACGCCUCCUCGCUCCGCCGCUGGCUCGACACCAUCCUCCCCGACGAGGUCUACAACCUCGCCGCCCAGUCUCAUGUCGCCGUCUCCUUCGAGAUCCCCGACUACACCGCCGACGUCGUCGCCACCGGCGCCCUUCGCCUCCUCGAGGCCGUCCGCUCCCACAUCGUGGACUCCGGCCGCUCUCACAUCCGCUACUACCAGGCCGGGUCCUCCGAGAUGUUCGGCUCUACCCCUCCGCCGCAGUCCGAAACCACCCCCUUCCACCCUCGCUCCCCCUACGCCGCCUCCAAAUGCGCUGCACACUGGUACACCGUCAACUACCGUGAGGCCUACGGGCUCUUCGCCUGCAAUGGCAUUCUUUUCAACCACGAGUCCCCUCGCCGCGGCGAGAAUUUCGUCACGCGCAAGAUCACGCGCGCCGUGGGCCGGAUCAAGAUCGGACUUCAAAGCAAGCUUUUUUUGGGGAACCUUCAGGCCUCGAGGGAUUGGGGCUUCGCUGGGGACUAUGUUGAGGCCAUGUGGCUGAUGCUGCAGCAGGAGAAGCCCGAUGACUAUGUUGUUGCCACCGAAGAGUCCCACACCGUUGAGGAGUUCCUGGAAGUGGCCUUCGGCUAUGUGGGACUCAAUUGGAGGGAUCAUGUGGUGAUUGACAAGAGGUACUUUCGCCCUGCUGAGGUUGACAACCUCAAAGGGGAUGCUUCUAAGGCCAAGAAGGUGCUUGGUUGGAAACCUAAAGUGGGGUUUGAGCAGCUCGUUCGGAUGAUGGUUGACCAGGACGUUGAGAUGGCUAAGAAGGAGAAGGUUCUUGUUGAUGCUGGCUACAUUGAUGCUCAGCAACAGCCAUGA